AUGGCCGACGUUCCUUUCCCCGGUGGAGCUCGAGGAGCUCCAACAUACGGCAUCUCAUCCGGCCAGCGCCGCUCCUCCUACGCCUCCGUCGUCUCGGGCACCGCUUUCUCUCCCCCAAUCUCAAGCUCGUUCUCCCAUCUGAUCAACUCAAAUCCCGUCUCUUCCUACCGGCCGCCCUCCCUGCCCGACGGCCGACUCCACCGGGUCCCGUCCGGCCUCGAUGCCGAUAUGCAGCUCAACCCCGCCUGGAGAUCCAACUCAUCUCCUGAUUCCCUGCCUUCAUACUCCCGCAAGUAUGCCAGCUACUUGCGCCCGAUGGAGUUUAACUCGGGCUUCGGUUUGACCGAUGGGCCGGCCUUCUUCACCCCCUCCUACCUCCGCAACUCCCGCUACAUCUAUCGCCUCGAAGCCGCCCAUCGAGCUAAACAUGCGGCCCAGCAGCGCGACGCCUCCUCUACAACUUCCACUUCGAAUCCUCCCCUCUCUACCUCUUCCAGCAAUGUCCACCUCCCCCGCAUGGCCCCAUCCCAUCGUGGCAUGACCUACGAGAUCAUCGAGAAGGAACCUCCGACCACCGCCGACCCCCUCUCACCGCUGCCGACCCAGUGGAGUUCAUCGGACAAAUACGCCGGUCUAGAGCUAUCGAACGAUUCUCUCGAUGUGCGAUACACGGGUCCCGUGCACAAACACGACCAUGAAGCUGCGGCGCUAAGGGCUGAUAACCCCAUGCCGCCACAAUGUGGUAUAUACUAUUUUGAGAUCAAGAUUGAGUCCAAGCCGAAGGAAGGAAUGAUCGGCAUUGGAUUCUCCAGUACCAAAGCUUCGGUCGAGAGACUCCCGGGCUGGGAGCAGGAAUCCUGGGCCUAUCACGGUGAUGAUGGGAAGUCCUUUUUCGGCGAGAGUCAAGGACAAGGUCGUUCAUAUGGGCCGACGUUUGGCGUUGGAGAUACCGUUGGAUGUGGAGUAAAUUUCUCCACGGGGUCAGCAUUCUUUACUAAGAAUGGGGUGUUCCUGGGGAAUGCUUUUCAUGAUUUGCGCAAUGUGAAGCUGUAUCCAUCUGUCGGGAUGAAGAAGCAACCGCCCGUACACUUGAAAGCGAACUUUGGACAGGAGCCAUUCGUAUUUGACAUUGACGGCAUGGUCAGGCAAGAGAGAGCAUCGAUUCAAUCAGAGAUCAACAGCACGAGUACCGACAGCUUACAGCCAGGACUGGACGAGUCCACGCUCCUCCAGGAGCUAGUUGCCCAGUUUCUUGCCCACGAUGGUUACGUGGAGACCGCGCGUGCAUUCGCCGGAGAGGUAGCCACCGAGACCGCAGCGCUGCAGAAUGGACAGCAGGAGCCGCUAAAGAAAUACGAGGUGGAAGAAGACCGCGAAGCCAUCCAACGUAACAAAAUUCGCGCCGCAAUCCUCGACGGUGAUAUCGACAAGGCCCUCAAGCACACAAAAGCAUACUACGCCAACGUCCUCGAAGACUACCCUCAAAUCCACUUCAAACUCCGCUGCCGCAAAUUCCUCGAAGUGAUGCGUCGAUACAACGAGCUCUCCGCUCCCCACGUCUCCUCCAAAGGCCAUUCCACAUCCGCCGGUAUCUCCGACGAGCACGCCGUCUUCGAUCAGGAAAUGGAACUCGACGACGGCUGGGCCGCAGAUGGAAUGGACACCGAGGAACCAGAGGCCACGGCGCAAUUCAACGAGCUCCUGACCGAGGCAGUGCAGUACGGCCAGCAACUCCGCAUGGACUACCCUUCUGACGAAAACGGCGGCGACAAGAAGAUGCUCGAUGAUAUUUUCUCACUCGUAGCUUACUCCGAUCCCAAGCGCUCUGUGCACGGACAUUAUCUAGACCCCGCGGGGCGAGUGGCUGUAGCCGAGGAACUGAACUCGGCCAUUUUAGUCUCCCUCGGGAAAUCCUCCUCUGCAGCCUUGGAACGCCUGUACCAGCAAACGGAGGUCCUAGUAAACGAGAUUAGCGAAGACGGCGGCGCUGGGGCGUUCAUCAAUGUUCGGAAUGACGUUUUGCUUUGA